GUUCCGCUGUCAUCACCGAGAAACACACCGGCGUACUGAGAAGAGCCGGACACCUUGGGACAUAUCCGCUGCUAUUGGUCAGGACUCUCCGGGCUGCUAUUAAAGCACGUGAAGCGGCGCGCGCCGUGCGACACACCGAAGCGCAUCUACGGAGAAGCCAAGAGAAACAAGUCUGGUGGAUGAUACUUUAAAUCGCUUGGAUUUAUCAGAAAGUUUGCUUUACUUUUCAUGCCAAAGCUGGGGGAACAGACUGCAAAACAGCCCAAUUCCCAGCGAAGCUUUAAAGUUUUCGCCACUAUUAUUGGUUAUCGAAUGGACCAGCAUCCGAGCGCCCGGAGCUGCACCAGUCGCGGGACUUCGUCCUGCGAAGCCGUCCCGGCUGAACCCUCCAUGAAUCUUUACAUCCAGUCCACCACCGGCACACGCUUCGAGCUCUCUCUGCCCCAGGAGGAGACCGUGGAGGGACUGAAGAGAAGGCUCUCACAAAGACUUAAAGUACCCAAAGAGAGACUCGCUCUUCUGCACAAAGAAACGCGACUAAGUUCAGGCAAACUCCAGGAUCUAGGCAUCUCUGAUGGGAGCAAGUUAACACUUGUACCAACAGUCGAAGCAGGAUUAAUGUCUCAAGCAUCAAGACCAGAACAGUCAGUAAUGCAAGCCUUGGAGAGUCUAACGGAAACUCAGGUCAGUGACUUCUUGUCCGGCCGCUCGCCUCUCACCCUGGCACUGCGUGUAGGGGACCACAUGAUGUUCGUUCAACUGCAGUUGGCAGCGCAGCAGUCCGGGGGUCCCCAGCUCCAGCAUCGACACCUCAUCACCCGGGGAAACACAGAGGCCGCAACAGGACAGCCUACAGGGCAACAGCCCCGAGUUCCCCACAUUCACCCGCUUUCCCCCCACCACCAACCUCACAAUCACCCCAGCCCCCACUUGUCACAGCCCCAUCCCUCCCCUCCCUCCUCCUCUUCUUCAGGCUCACAUUCCUUUCCAUUGCCUACCACACACCACCAGCCACUUCCCCCAAUGUACCACCAGUCGCCCUCCUCCACUCACUGUAGCCCUCCUACCCCACCUCCCCACUCCCCUCGCCAAAUCCCUGGGGGACUUUUUCGAACUCCAUCCCAUCAUCAUCAUCACCAUCAUCACCACCACAACCACUACCAUCAGGCCUCCUCCAGUACACCCAGCCACGACAUUGGCCAGGUCAGCCCUGUAGCCCCGGUUCUGUGUCCUGAGGCUAACUGCAGCCCCAACAGCUCUAGCAGUGGAUCUAGUCCUUCAGGGCGCUCACGUAAACCUGGCGCAAUCAUUGAGAGCUUUGUCAACCAUGCUCCUGGAGUCUUCUCAGGUACCUUUUCAGGCACUUUGCACCCUAACUGCCAAGACAGCAACGGCCGUCCAAGACGUGAUAUCGGUACCAUCUUGCAGAUCCUCAACGACCUCCUGAGCGCCACUCGGCACUACCAGGGCAUGCCCCCCUCCCUCACCCAGCUCCGCUACCAGACUCAGUGUGGCUCGCCCACCUCCCCAUCCCCCUCACCGCCUCCUUCACCAGCAGUUGCUGGGAUAACGGGCCUCUCUCCCAAAGCUACCUCUGUGCCUGCUGGCAGCCCUCCUCCAUCUCUUCACCCACUGGUGCAGUGCCAGAGCCAGAUCCGCAUGUGCAAACCCCCUGGUGACCGCAUGCGUCAGACCGAAAACCGUGCAACCCGCUGCAAGGUGGAGCGUCUGCAGCUGUUGAUGCAGCAGAAGCGUCUGCGCAGGAAGGCCAGGAGGGACCAACGGGCUCCGUAUCAGUGGCUUCCCAAUCGUAAGGCCGGGCGUAGCAACAGCAACAGCAGCAUGUCCAGCGAGGGCUCCCUGGAUCUGGACUUUGACGACUCUGUGUGGAAGCCCGACGUAAAGGCCGACUUGAAGUCUGAGUUCGUGAUGGCCUGAACCUUACCCCUCCACUCCACCUCUUCAUGAAGAUCCAUCGAUUUUGUGAAGCAAUUCUCGGGAUGAACGGGGGAGAAUAUGUUGAAGGGAGAAAAUUGGCAGGAGGUGACGGAAACAAAAGGUUGUCCUUGUGACUGUUGACUGCCAGUCUCCCUGCAGACGUUGAUCCCAUUCUGUCCUUCACAGCUGACAUAGUGAAAGCAGCAACAAUAGCAAAGGAACUUCAAUGUGAUGCCUGGACUUUACAGGCAAAAAAACUGGACAUUACAGUGUACAAGACUUUUUUUUUUUUUGUUCCAAGGUGUGAUAUCACAGAAUAUACCCCCACUUGAGCUUAGCAGAAGUUGGUGAUUGGUGGUAUUUUCAGAUUUUUUUUCUACAUUUUUUCUAAGUGCACUCUGUGCAGACAUGAAGAGAUCCACACUGGACUUAUGAACAGAACCGGAGCUCCAGAGACUGUGGAAAUAUUCCAGUGGAAAUUCUUAUUGUUCUCAAACCAAUCAAUCGGAGUCCAUUUUUUUCUUUCCUCUGUUACGGAGUGGUUAAACCUUUUUCUUUUUUUUUUUCCACUUUUAAGCAUAUUAUAUUUUAUAAACAACAACAAUAUGUAGCAUUGUUCACAAAGCAUUCAGGUUUUCAUAUAACAGUUUAAAGUAGUUGUUUAUUUGCACACAAUGUUGAUUUAUAACAGCUGGUCAAUAUGUGCAAGGAGGAGGAGGUGGGGCCUGAAAUAGAAUAAUAAUAGAAAAGAAAAUGACUAUUGAAGUAUUGAUGUCGACCUCAGUGACAAAGGGUAUCGAUAGGAACGAUUAAUAAAUGAACAAAAGAACAUAAUAUUACAAAGUGCUUUAGAGGAUUUUAAAAUCUUUAAAAAAAUAUAUAAAAGAAAACUCUAUUUUUGCUUCUCUUCCUAUCUGCUGUUUUCUAAAAACAGCAGCCCUCUGUGGCUUUUAGUCAAGUUGUUGACUGUCAGCAAAUCCGUGAAUUCAUUCAACCUUUCGUUUGCCCAUCCGAUCGUCUCGUCUCGCCACGGCGAACGAUACAGAAAGAUCGCCAUCGUCCAGCCCAGGGCUGAUGUCUUGCAGACCUGAAUUGACUUGUCGAGGGAGUUUGUGUACAUAAAUGUGACAAAUUAGCAAAUGUUUAUCAGGGUGUGUGUUUAUGUUUGGCUUUAUUUUACUUUUUUCUUUUAGAAUAUUCCAUUGUUUUGUUGUCUUCUAAAAAAAAAACAAAAAACCCACAACUUUUUAAAUGUUAUUUAGAUCAGCUGUAUUGAAAGCAUAGGUUGAAGUGGCUAGUAAAAAAAAAAAUUUUAGGCCCUUUAUUACAAGUUUUGCAAAAUGAGGGAGGAGCAGUGGCAUCAUUAACCAGUGCCUGGACCAGUACACCCAUUGACAUAUCAAGUUAGGCCUUUCAAAGUUUUGCUGCUACAAAUGGGAGCUAAAAACAAACAAAGAAAAAUAAAAAAAAUCAAAGUUAAAGGGGAAAAGGUGACUUUUCUUUGCAUGCAGAGGUGUGAAAUUACAAAAAUCCUUUUUUAUAUGUUGACGGAGGAGAAAAUAUAAAGUGGUGCUUUGGUAAUGAAGGUUAACAACAUGCAUGAAUUUGUUUUUUUUUUUAAAAUUGAGAAACAAUGCUGCUUUUGUUGGUUAGGUUUUUACAACCUAACAUUUAAAAAAUUGCUGGAAAAAAGAACAACAGUAUCCUGGUAAAGAGUGACGAUGUAAAACCAAAACAGAUGAAGAUAAACGUGGAACUCAUGUCGUGGCUCGGCACCGAACAUUCCUGUUGUGUGACGAUUAAGAUGAGCAAAGAGCAAAUGACUCUCUUCCUCUCUCAGCGCCCCGAGCACUGUUAUUUUUUUUUUUGUUACCCAGACAGCUGUCAAAGACUGUUCAGCCAGGCCUCCUCCUCCCAGCCUGAAUGCCAACAGAGGCACGCAUGUCCACAGGGAACCAGCAGAUCGGUGGAUUUAAAAGAACUAUCCGUCAGAAUCCACCUGAGAGAAGCAUCUUUUAUCAGCCUGUCUGACUGACCACCCUACGCCACAAUUGCACUCCCAGAGCUUGCAGUGAGAGAUUACCUUUUUAUGGGUAAACCUCAUAGUUUUUGUUUGUUUUUGUUGUUUUUUUUUUAAGUGGCCUUACCUUUCACUAAAAAAAAAAAGAGACUUGGGACAAUGGGGAAGGGAAUUUUUUUUUUCUUGUUUUUUUUUUUCCACUUUCUGUGCAUAUCGUUUUUCGGAAUUGCCAUCAAGGCACCAUUUUAAUGUCACUGAGGACACUGGGCAUCUGUUGUUUAGUGCUUUUAGCUGGUGGAGUCUCUAUUAUGUCAAGGCUUCUGUGCCUUAAAAAUUGCCCUUGCAGUGUCGGCGUCAAUUGAAGCUCGUUUUUCAUUGGUUCAUUUCUGACUGUAGCUUUUGCAGCCGUGACAGUCAGAGUUUCGGGGUGUAUUUUGUUUGAGCGAAGUCAAUACUAUUCAGUAGUAGAUUGUUGUUCCUCAAACAAAGUCUUUGUCCCAUUUCUUUGUUGUGUUGCCAUGUUUGUUGCUGUUAUUUGAACCUCAUGUUCCUCCGAGCAGUACUUAGAUGGAAAGAAACAGUCCUGACUCAGUAUGAGAAAGGUCCUGUGAGGACUCCAGACUACAUGCACUUCCUGUUUUCAUGGAUACGACAAUUAUUAAAGGACAAAUGAACCCCAAGCCCCUCCCAAAUUUUAUUUAUUCAGUUUUUUUUUUCGUAUAUGUAUGAAAUAUACUCUGUGUGUGCCUCACUUCUGUGUGAAACUCAAAAAGAAGAAACAAAACAAAAAAAAAAGAUGACAAAAAGCAUUACAGAGAGGAUAAAUAACAGACAGUACAUUGGUGGAAAUCCUGAUCAUUUAAGUUGCCUGUUCUUUCUUGUAGCCAACUAUUGAAAAUAACAGGUUUCAAGAAUACAAUUUACAAUGUUCUAGCUCUAGACCGGUGUAGCACAUAUGUGACUGUAUUAAUUUAUGAAACCAAAAUGGUAACUGUGAAUUAUGUAUUUCUUUGUGCAUUUUUAAGAAAAACAAACAAACAAAAAAAAUCGGUGAGGGAGAAGGUUGUUGAGACACGGACAGCAGCUCACGUGUCUGAAAACAAACUUUUCUUUUUGUUUCUUUUGGUGGAAAAUGACAGAAACUAAGACUCGUUUCUGCAAAAAAAAAGGAAAAAAAAAAGGUAAA